GUUUCAACGAAUUCAAAAAAAUCGACUCCACCUAGCACUCCUUUCGCCCCCCCCCCCCCUCAUGGGCGUGUUGAAGGAGUGAACCUGUAGUAGCAGCUGUACCAGAGGAAAGCAAGUUGUUAAUCGUGAUUGUUUUUAUUUCCGACGGAUGGCUAGCUGCGUCCUUGAUUUUGUCUACUGUGGCACAACGAGUUCACUCGAUUGUAAAUAAUGACAAAAUGACUAAAUCAUAUGAUAUUUUUGCUCUGCAUCAACGGCUGGAUUUGAUUGAUGGAUGUGCUAAACUUCUAAACGCUGAAUGGAAAAGGUCUUAUGAUAUGAGGGUUUCAAAACUCAAACGAUCCAAUAAAGAUUUUCCUUACCAUAUUGCUUUGACUGAAACAGUGGACGAAAAUGAAAAAUUAGUUGGACAUCUCAGACUGACUAAAGUGCUGGGGGAACCUGACUCAUUGUAUAUGUCAUCAGUCAUUAUCACCGAGUGUUCGAGAGGAAUGGGUUUAGGAAGAAAACUGUUGAAUUUAACUGAAGAGCUCAUGAAAACACGUGGGUUCGAGUGUUUUUAUCUCAGAACUGACUCACCAGAGUUCUAUACUAAAUGUGGGUAUGACUUUUGUGAUCCCAUACAAGAGGUUUUAAGUACAGCCAUGGAGAAUAAAAUGAUGCUGUUACAGAGUGCUAUGCGUGGAGAUAGAUCUGAUUCAAUGGAUUCCGAUCCUGCUGAUAUUUUAAACAAUUCGGAGACUAAAGAUUUGGAAGUUGAACCGCCUUUGGCUGACAAAAAGUUGAGUGCAGAGGAAUGCAAUCUGAGUGAACUGCCGCCUAUCGAAAUUCCAAUACCACUACCUCCUCCCCCGCCUCCACCCUGUGCAGCUUUCAAGCUGAUGAUAUGUUACACUGACCCAGACAGCGAUAAUGAAUGUGAUUGUAACUUUUGGCUAAGAAAGCACUUAUGAUAUCUACUUUUAAUCAUGCGUAAGAUUAUGUGCAAUUUGAAUAUUCUAAUUAUAUUGAUCACAGUUGU